AUGAAUCCUAGGACAGUUCACAGAGAGAGCCAGAACUUGGCAAACUUGAAUCAGGGCUUUAUAAAUUCUGAAGAUCGCCGCUUCCUUCGGGAAUCAGUGGCAAGUGUGGAAAAUCCCAUGUCUCCCACUUCAAGCCAUACAGCUGCAGGUGAGAUGGUCAGGGAAGCAGAUAAGCUCCUGAAAGAGGCUGGGAACAAAGAGAAUGAUUUGGAAACUGAUGCAGAGGAGGUGAUUGAACCAGACCAAGAUAAUCACCAAGAGAUGAUAGACCAAAACUUGCAGCAACCAAACGCUGCCAUUAGUGACUGUAACAGAGCCAUAGAACUGAACCCUAACUUAGCACAGCCCUACAAGGUGCGAGGAAAAGCACUCCAGCUCCUGGGGCUCUUGGAAGAAGCAGCUUGUGACCUGGCCUUGGCUUGCAGACUGGAUUAUGAUGAAGAUGCCAGUAAUGUGGUAAAGGAUGUGCAGAUGAGAACCCAGAAGAACUCUGAACACGAAACAAAGAAUGAGCAAAAAUGUAAGCACAGGGAGACACUGGCGAGAGUGAAAAGGGCUCUGGCAACAGGAAGCGCUGAUAAGACAGCCCCAUGGGAUCAGGAAAAAGCACAGAGGGAGAAGGAGUCCAGUGAGGAUGAGUUGGAGAUCGAUAACGAAGGGGUGAUUGAACCUGAUGAGGAUGAGCCUCAAGAGAUGGGAGACGAGACUCUGAAGGUAACAGACGAAAUGAUGAAGCAGGUGGUUGAAAAGAAGAGGGAGGCUUUUGAUGCAGUGGCUAAAGGAGAACUUCAGAGAGCUGUUGAUUUGUUCACAGAUGCCAUCAAACUGAACCCACGGCUCACGAUUUUAUAUGCCAACCGAGCCAGUGUCUAUGUGCAGUUGCAGAAGCCAAAUGCUGCCAUUAGAGACUGUGACAGAGCCAUAAAUAUCAACCCUGACUCCGCACAGCCUUACAAGUGGCGAGGGAAAGCACUCCGACUCCUGGGUUACUGGCAGGAGGCUGCCAAGGACCUGUCCUUGGCCUGUCAGCUGGAUUAUGAUGAAGAGACCAAUGCCAUGCUGAAUGAGGUGCAGCCAAGGGCCCAGAAAAUCACCCACCACUGGAGGAAGUAUGAGCAAAAGUGCAAGGAAGAUGAAUUUAAGGAGAUGGUAGAGAGGAUAAAGAAAGUCUUGGAGGAGCAGGAGAGUGCUCAGAAAGCCCUGGAAGAACAGGAGAUAGAUGAGAAAGCAGCCCUAGAGGAACAGGAGAAAUCCAUGAAGGAACCUGAGACAACUGAGCAGAUAGUGCUGAAAGAACAGGAGGACAAUCAACAGGAGCCAAUGGAGGAACAAGAGAGAGCUCAGAAGAAGGCAUUGAAGGAACAAGAGUCAGUUCAGCCGAUGGAUCUGGAGGAACAGUUGAUAGCUUUGCAGACUGAGCUGGAAGAACAGUUGAAAACUCAGCAGAUGGAGCUGGAGGAAGAGGAGAGAGCUCUGCAGAAGUUGCUGGAGGAACAGGAGAGGACCCAAAAGAAGGUGCUGGAAAAACAGGAGAGAACCCAGAUGAAGGCUCUGGAAGAACUGGAAAGAGCUCAACAGCUGGCUCUGAAGGAACUGGAAAGAGCUCAGAAGAAGGUCUUAGAGGAACAGGAAAAAUCUCAGAAGGCAGCCCUGGAAGAACAGGAGAGAGCUCAGAAGAAAUCCCAGAAGGAAAAGGAGAGAGCUGAGAAAGCCCUGGAGGAACUGGCAAGAGCUCAUAAGAUGGCCCUGAAGGAACUGGAGAUUGCUCAGAAAAAAGGCCUGGAGGAACAUGAAAGAGCCCAGCAGAAGGCCUUGACAGAACAAAAGAAAGCUCAUAUGGCUAUGGAAGAACUGGAGAAAGCUCAUAAGAAGCAAGAGAGAGCACAGAAGGCUGCCCUAGAGGAGCAGAGGAGAGCUCAGAAAGCCCUAGAGGUACUGGAAAGAGAACAGAGAAAGGCCAUGGAGGAGCAGAAGAGAGCUCAAAAGAAGGCCAUGGAGGAACAGGAAAAAGCCCAGAAAGCCCUGGAGGAACUGGCCAGAGUUCAGCAGCAGACUCUAGAGGAAAAAGAGAGAGCUCAGAAGAAGACCAGAGAGGAACAGGAGAGAGCCCAGAAAGCCCUGGAAGAAUUGGUGAGAGCUCAGAAAGAGACUCUAGAUGAACAAGAGAGAGUUCAGAAGAAGGCUACAGAGGAACAGAAGAGGGCUAAAAAGGCCUUGGAGGAACUGGAGAGAGCUCAGAAAAAGGCCCUGGAGGAACUGGAGAGAGCUCAGAAAAAGGCCCUGGAGGAACAAGAGAGAGUGCGAAAGAAAGCCCUGGAGGAACAGGAUAGGGCUCAAAAAGGCCUGAAGGAACUGGAGAGAGCUCAGAAAAAGGCUCUGGAGGAACAAGAGAGAGCGCGAAAGAAAGCCCUGGAGGAACAGGAUAGCGCUCAAAAAGGCCUAGAGGAACUGGAGAAAACUCAGAAAAAGGCAUUGGAGGAACUGGAGAGAGCUCAGAAAGAGGUACUGCAGGAACAAGAGAAAGCUCAGAAGAAAGCUCUGGAGGAACAGAAGAGGGCUCAGAAAGCUCUGGAGAAACUGGAGAGAGCUCAGAAAAACUCCCUAGAGGAGCUGGAGAGAGUUCAGAAAGGGGUCAUGGAGGAACAAGAGAAAGCUCAGAAGAAAGCCCUGGAGGAACAGAAGAGGGCUCAGAAAGCUCUGGAGAAACUGGAGAGAGCUCAGAAAAACUCCCUAGAGGAGCUAGAGAGAGUUCAGAAAGGGGUCUUGGAUGAGCCAGAAAAUGCUCAGAAGGUGGCCCUGGAGGAACAUGAGAAAGCUCAGAAAAAGAUUCCAGAGGAAGAGGAGGAAACUCAGAAAGAGGCUCCAGAAGAACAUGAAGGAACUCAUAAAAUGUUGUGGGAAGACCUGGAAAGAGCACAGAAAAAAGACUUAGAGGAAUUGGAGAAAGCUCAUAAAAAGGUCUGUGUAGAACAGGAAAGAGAUCAGGAGAAAGAUGUAGAGGAACAGGAAACAGCCACAGAGGAACAACUGAGAGCUCAAAAAGAGCCAGAGCAUGCAACAAGUUCAUUAAGACCUCUCGCAAAAUCCAUUUGGGACUAUUUUGAAUCAGGCUAG